CAUGGAACGGAAUAACAACAGCCGCGGCUUGGCGUGCAAUGUGAGAAACGGACUGAGACAAUGGAGCUGAAGGAAGGCGAGGUGGAAGGGGAGGAAUUCGGCGACCUGUGGAAGUGAAGCCGGAGAGGCGGUGAACAGAAGCGUCUGCGCCCUAGAGGUUGCUCCUUCUGCAGCCCGCUGGAUGCUGGUUCUGCAGAUUAUUAGAAAUCACAAACACUGAUACUGAAAAAGGGAAUACAUCAAAUACCUUGAGAAACAAAUUACAUAAUUGAAAUUCAGAUCAUGGAGUCCUCAACCAAUCUAGAUGCUGAUACCCAGCUAAUUGUGGAAGAUUGUGCUGGCACCUUUAGCCUGUCUCAUAUGCCAGAUAUUAAAGUUGAACAUCACCACCUUGAGUCCAGUGUGGAAGAAGGACCACCUCAGAGUGUUGCCAUGGGAAUGAAAUUCAUUUUGCCCAAUAGGUUUGAUAUGAAUGUGUGUUCUCGAUUUGUCAAGUCAUUGAAUGAAGAGGAGAGCAAAAAUAUUCAAGAUCAAGUGAACUCUGAUCUUGAAGUCGCUUCAGUAUUAUUUAAAGCUGAGUGCAAUAUCCACACUUCUCCUUCUCCUGGGAUUCAAGUGAGACACGUCUAUACCCCAUCAACUACUAAGCAUUUUUCACCUAUCAAGCAGUCAACUACCUUAACUAACAAGCACAGAGGAAAUGAAGUCUCUACAACACCUUUGCUUGUAAACUCUCUGUCUGUUCACCAGCUGGCAGCUCAGGGAGAAAUGUUGUACUUAGCUACACGCAUAGAACAAGAAAAUAUUAUCAAUCAUAUGGAUGAAGAAGGUUUUACUCCUCUAAUGUGGGCUGCAGCUCAUGGGCAAAUCGCAGUAGUAGAAUUUCUACUCCAAAAUGGUGCAGAUCCACAAAUCUUGGGGAAAGGUCGAGAGAGUGCACUGUCGUUAGCAUGUAGUAAAGGAUAUACAGACAUUGUCAAGAUGCUACUGGAUUGCGGAGUUGACGUAAAUGAAUAUGACUGGAAUGGUGGUACACCCCUGCUCUAUGCUGUUCAUGGGAAUCAUGUGAAAUGUGUCAAAAUACUCUUAGAACAUGGUGCUGAUCCAACUGUAGAAACUGAUUCUGGAUAUAAUUCUAUGGAUCUUGCUGUAGCCUUGGGCCAUCGUAGUGUUCAACAGGUUAUUGAGACUCAUUUAUUAACACUCCUUCAAAAUAUCAAGGAAUAAUAUUAUAGCUAUGGAAUAAAAGAAGAAAUGGACUUCAUUUGAAUACUGAUCAGUAUAAAAAGUAUUUUUUAAUUGGUAACUUCGUCCAUCCUUCAUUCUUACUACUUAUCAAACAUGCUUGAAAUGGUUAGUGGCAUGCAUAUUUAUAGCAGUUGAUUAUAAGUAGAAGAGACUGCCUUUUGUCCCAGCAAACCUUUCCUGUACCAUAGUGCUGGUUUAUUGUUCCAAUAUUUCAUAGUAGGGUCUAUGACAUUAGAAUUUCUGUUUCAUUGUUUAGAUACAAGAAUGGUAAUAAUGACACAGCACUUGAAAGCUGAGUUCAGGAAAAUUGUAUGGAAUUUAUUCAAGCCAUUUUGUUUUCUUUUGAGUAAUAUUUUAGGUGAACCAUUUUCAUUUGAGUGAUGUUCAUAGAUGUUUAAAAUUCAAACUUAUCCUAUUUCUAUUUCAUUUAUGCACUUGAAAAAAGAAAUUGUAAAGUACUAUGACAAUAUACAACAUUAUAUCCCAUGCUGAUGUAUGAUUUAUUUUAUACAUUUCAAGUUGAUAGCAAGAUAGUUUUUCAGACUGUAUUAAUCCAAUACACUUAUUUUGAUUCAGUUGGUGCCAAUGGGGUUGGUGCCAACUAUAAUGUGUAGUUCAUGUAGCUAUUUAUUUUCAUGUAUAGACAACAGUCAGUUCUUUGCUGUUUUAAAUAGGAUUUUUUUAUGUUUACAACUGACUUCUAAAAUCUUAGAAGAACAGACUUUUUAUGCAAAUAGCUUGUUUUAUUUCAGUGCCGCUAUUGAAAUAUACUGAUUUAACAUGAUUUUCUAAUAUAGAUUAAGUAUUUGAACUGGAUAGAGAAAUAAUAUAUACACAAAAACAAAAAUAUAGCUGGCUGAAGCUAUAACCUGGAAUGACUGAAAAAAUUGUUAACAUUAUUACAAUUAAAAAUAUUGGUGUUUUAAUUAAGAGCCACCUAAAAUAAAUGUAUCUUACUGUAGUGCUUGUUCAAAGCCUUCUGUUUUAGGAAUGUUAUAAAAAAUACUGACCACUAAAUGAAAUUACUCUGGAUUGUAACAAAUUUGCCACCCAUGCAUUGAUAUUAUCCUGAAUAUUAAUUACCUUUAUUUCAUGUUAUAUGGAAUUGUUAAUUCUCACAUUAAAACUCAAAAAGCAUGAGGUAAACAUGUUUCAUUGAAAAUACAGACAUAUGCUUCUAAACUGCUGUGGGGAAAUUGUGCAAUACUUAAUAUAUGGCAGAUUCGCCUACUAUGAGAAUCUUACUAGCCAAAGAGAAUCCUUUAGAUUCUGCUACUUAUUUUUUAGGUAGCUGAAAAUGUGUGUACCUCUCAAUGUGUAUUUAAUAUGCUAUGUGUUGUUAUAUUCUCAAGCCUUUUGAGAUAAAAUACUGUUUUGAUUUUAUAGAAUUAUGACUUGAAAGGAAAUUUACAUUUUUAAACUGUUUUGGGAGUGUUGUUUUAUAUAAAGUACAAAUUGUGUUUUUGAGCUGUUGUCUAUCAUGAUCUUUUUAAAUCUGUUUUGUAUUGUAUUUUUAGAAAGAGCUUUACCUCAGUAUUUAUAACUAGCAGCAAGCUACAUGUUGCUGUUAUUCCAUACUUCCAUUUCACCAUUUAAUAGUAUAGAAGUUAUCAGUUUUUUUCGUGUAGACCACUGAAAUUGUUAAAAGAUGUCAGAAAACCAUUUGCACACAGUAUUCAUUACCAUGUAAA